AUGAAUUCCGCAACGGAGAAUCAGGACUCGGAUCCUUUCUUGCGCAAUGAUGAAGAAGAAACAAUCGCAAACUUAAUCCCUCGCAUUCUCGCCGAGAGAGAGUCCUUCCUCAAUAUUUCAGAGGAACAACUCCAACAGGAAAUCGAAGAGCAAAAUGCCUCGGGAUCGGUUAGCAAUGCAAUGGAGGAUAUUAAAGUAGCCACGAACAGCCCUGAGGUUGAAGAAUUUGAAGAUCUGGCGAAAGGACAAUCAGACUACGAGACAUUCCAGAAACAUAAAGCAGAGCUAUUGAGUCACAUCGGUUCAGCGCUCAACGAGACAUCCCUCUCCCUUGACUUUGUUUCAUUGCUUCUUUCCGCAGUGAAGCCAGGCGUUGCUAAGGCGACACUCUCACCUCAUUUGACCAAGAACUCACCGCUAGGCUCAUUGGGCUCUGACCGUUUGAGAAUCGAUCCGACUUCAAGAGAGGACACUGGAGUGAAAAAACAUAGCACAGAAAAGUUGGGAAUGGGAUGGAAAUAUCAAUCGUUGGACAAUAUAACUGCGCUCUACAAGAGCGCUGCUGCAUCUCUACGAGGUGAGGUCGAAAGUGAGCACGAAUACUGGAAAAGCAUACACAGCGUUCACAAGCACGGAGAAGCUUUGUGUAAAAUAAGAGAUCCAUCUAAUAACUCCAAAGCUAUUGGGGUGAAUUAUGGCUAUGGAUCAUCCGGGCUGAGCUACUAUGAUAAGGGAUUGGCUGUGCUCCGGAAAGGGGAGAAAGGCACUGUGCAAUUUGUUCCUGUGACAUCUGAGACCUCCAAACUCAGCACAACGGUAAACAGAUUCACACGUGUGCGUAUUUUGAGUAAGAUUGAUGACGAUUUCAUGCUUACCGGCCAGUCCUUGUUCAGAAAGGAGGACUUGGAGCAGGAAAGUAAUGAUGGACUCAUUGGCAAUAUUGAGAAAGCUCGGUUCUUUAUUUUUGAGAAUGAUCUAUUCUAUCAUUUGCUUCGAGAAGCGAAGAACUUGAUAAGUUACUACGUCUCGAUCAUCUCCAACAAGAUCAUUAUAGAAAUUUAUGAUCAAAUUAUCGAGAUAGAGUCAGUGAUUUAUGACGAAGAGAAUGAAGAGGAGUUGAUCAACGUUUAUCAAAAUUCAGAACAGGAAUCUUCCAAGAACAACAAGUUAGCACAAGAUAUUCUUGCAUUCUUAAAGCUCAUGCUUUGUUGCUAUUACAACUAUAAUCUAGACUUGAAGCAAAAGAUGCCCACUUCAUUUACCAAGUGGAAACAGUCGCAUUCGCAUCCAUUGAUGCUUCGUCCUCUCAUUGGACAUAUCAGACAUGAGAUUAACGUGCGUAACACGGAGAUUAUUCUCCAUAAGUUAUGUAAGGGUUUUGAUUCUUCCCUUGUAGCACACGAAAUCGAAAAAAAGAAAUACCACAACCUACAAGAAGAGGCUGCAAAGAAGAAUCCGUUCAUCAAGGCAAUUCUGAAACCAGUGACAGAAUUUGUGGUGAUCGUUAAGAAAUUGUCGAAUGAGCAACAUCUCAAAGUGGAGGUAGAUGUCACAACAUCUGAAAUCUUUGUGAACUUGAUUAUCAAAUUGAGAAUCUCUAAGUUCAAGAGUUUGACAGAUCUUCAACAAAACAACCAAGGUACCAAUGUGCUACAGUUGGAAUUGACAGAUAUGCUAGAGGUUGAAGAGAGCUUAGGAUGGUCUCUAAUGAGUUUUAUCAAUAGAUAG